GGAGAAACAGUGCACGGGAGUGAAGACAGAGGAAAGACAGCAAAGCACUUGCAGGGAAUUUAUACGCUGGAACUACUGGCUGUUUUGUGUCCUGAGUGAAAGUCUGGGCGGAAUACAGUGUUGUUUCGCCUGAUAAGUGCAUUCAUGUCUUCCUGUGCCACAAUGGGUAAAUGCUGGAGUCAGCAUCUCCACAUCAUGCUCCUUAUUUGGACUUGUGUAGUAAGCCAGCAAAAGAUGGACAUGAUCCCCUUAAAGUUUACGCACUCACUCUACAAUGCAACAAUAUACGAGAAUUCUGCUGCAAGAACCUUUGUUGAAUGCCCAGUUAAAAUGGGCAUUUUCAUACAGGACAGAUCUUGGGAUAUAUGGUACAGAAUAGAAGCUGGGGACCAUGAAAAAAUAUUCAAAGCAGAAAAGUAUGCUUUGGGUGACUUCAGUUUCCUGCGAAUAAGAACCAAAGGGGGCAGCUCAGCCACACUGAACAGGGAGGUAAAAGAUAAGUAUUUGUUCACUGUACAAGCAAUUGAAAGACACUCAGGAGCAGAGGCACAAACCCAAGUUCAGCUUGAAGUUUUGGAUGCAAAUGAUCUCAGACCGCUUUUUUCACCAACCUCCUAUAGCAUCUCCAUUCCUGAAAACACUCCCAUAAGAGCCAGCAUUGGAAGAGUCUCAGCAACAGAUGCUGACACUGGCACCAAUGGAGAGGUCUACUUCAGCUUCAAAGAGUGGACUGCUAUGUUCUCCAUCCAUCCAACAAGCGGUGUCAUAACUCUCACAGGCAAACUGGAUUACCCCGAGAUGCCACAGUAUGAGAUUGAUGUGCUAGCUGUGGACAGAGGCUUGAAGCUCUCUGGAAGAAGUGAUGUCAGUAGUACAGCAAAACUGACAGUGCAGAUACUGCAGUCCAAUGACCAUGCACCUGUUGUCAAAGCAGUUCCAUUAACUCCAAGGAACACCACCAAGGAUCCUACUUAUGCAUUGGUAUCUGUGGAGGAUGAUGAUGAAGGGCAAAAUGGGGAGAUAGCCUCUCUGAGCAUAGUGGCUGGAGAUCCGCUCCAGCAGUUUAAGGCAAUUAGAACAAGUCCUGGAAGCAAAGAGUAUAAGAUCAAGGCAAACAAAGAGGUGGUCUGGGAGGGACAUGACUUUGGCUAUAACCUUACCUUGCAGGCCAAAGAUAAGGGAAACCCACCAAAGUUUUCUUCAGCAGUAGUAGUGAGGGUGAAACCUCCAUAUGAAAAAAUGGAGGCUCUGCAAUUUGAAAAAAGUAUCUACAGAGUUACGCUCAGUGAGUUUGCACCACCACACUCUCCAGUAGUCAUGGUCAGAGCUGUAACAAAACUUCCAAAUUUGAAGUAUUUAUUACAGUAUAAGAUGCAACAGCACAGGAACCCAUUCACUAUUAAUGAAAACACUGGCCUCAUAACCACUGUGGAAUCUGUUCAGGCAGAACAUGUUAGCCAGUAUGAGUUUGAUGUAACUACUAGCAAUGGACAAUCUUCAACUAAGGUAGUUGUUAAUGUCAUUGACAUGAACAACAAUGCUCCAAAGUUUCAACAGUCUAAAUAUGAAGCUAGCAUUGAUGAGCAUGUGCCUGUAGGGACUAGCAUUUUAACAGUCAGUGCUAGCGAUGAUGAUGAAGGAGAGAAUGGCUAUGUUACCUACAGUAUUGUUAGCAUGAACAAAAAGCCUUUUGCUAUUGACUAUUUUACUGGCAUCAUAAGCACAUCUGAAGGGUUGGACUAUGAAAUGAUGCCAAGCAAAUUCUACCUAAGGGUUCGAGCUUCUGAUUGGGGGUCCCCUUUCCGCCGUGAAGCAGAAGCUGUGGUCUUAAUAUCUCUCAACAACCUGAAUGAUAACCAGCCACUCUUUGAGAAUAUUGACUGUGAGGUAGCCUUACCAAGAUCCUUUGGAGUUGGUGAGCAGAUAAUAGUGGUUUCUGCAAUUGAUGCAGAUGAUUUAGGAGUUGUGAGGUAUCACAUAAGUGCAGGUAAUGAGAGGGAUUUCUUUGAAUUAGAUCCACCGUCUGGUGUGCUAACACUUAAAAAGCCUUUAAUUGAUGGUGAUGGCAAAGAACAUCCUUUCCAUGCUUUACACAUAGAAGCAAAUGAUGGGGAGAUAUCCAGUUCACCCAUGCUUUUGAAUAUCACAGUUGUUAGCAGUUUGAAAGAAAUACGCUCAAAGUGUGUGGAAACUGAAGCCCUAAGACGUUUAGCUGAGAUGCUUCUCUUUGGCUCUAAACUGCACACUGAAACGGAAAUGGUGGGGGAAUUUGGAGACAUGCAUUCUGUCAACAACAGUGUACCACAGUUUGCAGAAUCCAUUCCUAGUCAGAUAGAGGUUAGAGAGGACCUUCCAGUGGGGAAUAGUGUAGUGCUUCUCAAAGCAACAGAUGCAGAUAAUGGCUUCAAUGGGAAAUUGCUUUAUGUGAUAUCAGGAGGAAAUGUUGACAGUUGUUUCAUGAUAGAAACAGAUACUGGAUGGCUUAAAGUUCUUGAACCUCUUGAUAGAGAAACAACUGACCACUACACACUUAACAUAACCGUAUAUGACCUUGGUUUACCUCAGAAGUCCUCAUCACACAUUUUAGAGAUCAGUGUGUUGGAUGUCAAUGACAAUGGCCCAGAGUUCCUAGAGCAUGAGUAUUCAGUGGACAUUAGAGAAGACAGUGCUGCAGGAACAGAUAUCAUUCAGCUUGAAGCUACGGAUAAGGAUUUAGGGAUCAAUGGAGAGGUCAGCUACUCCUUUCUGACCAAAACAGACAAAUUUGACAUAAAUGAAGAGACAGGGAUUGUAACAGUUAAAAGCCCAUUGGACAGAGAAGUGAACCCAUGCUUUGCUUUGAAGGUUGCUGCUUAUGAUAAGGCAACACAUGAUCCUCAGUUGAUGUCAACAGUGAUUCUGAAUGUCAUGUUAGAGGAUGUAAAUGACAAUGCUCCUACUUUUUUUCCUUUGCACUACCGGGUGAGAGUGUGGGAGGAUAUACCAGUGGGUACCUUGAUAUUAUGGCUGGAGGCCCAUGACCCUGACUUGGGUCAGUCUGGACAAGUGAGGUACAGCUUGACCGAUGAUGCAGAUGGAAGCUUUCAGGUGGAUAAAGUGAGUGGAGCAGUGUACCUCUCUCAGCCCCUUGACUUUGAGAGGAAACAAGCAUAUAAUCUGACAGCAAAAGCUAAAGACAGAGGAAAACCAAUCUCUUUGUCCUCAGUGUGCUUCAUUGAAGUGGAGAUAGUGGACAUCAAUGAGAAUUUGUAUCGCCCUUCUUUUCCCUUUUUUGUGGACUGGGGAAGUGUGAGUGAGGACGCCCCAGUUGGAUCUUCUGUAAUGGAAGUUACUGCACAUGACGAGGAUGAGGGAAGAGAUGGAGAGAUACGCUAUGCCAUACAUGAUGGCUCAGGCCUUGGGGUUUUUACUAUUGAUGAAGUGACCGGUGUCAUAAGGACACAGGAAAUACUGGACCGCGAGACCACCAGUCAUUACUGGUUGACGGUCUAUGCCACUGACCAGGGGGUAGUACCACUCUCGUCUUCUGUGGAGGUCUACAUAAAUGUUCAGGAUGUCAAUGACAAUGCUCCGCAGACUUCAGAACCUGUCUAUUACUCCUCUGUGCCAGAAAAUUCUCCAAAAGAUAUGUCCAUCAUGCAGAUCCAAGCCUUUGAUCCUGACUCCAAAACCAGUGACAAACUGACCUACACGAUCACCAGCGGGAAUCCACAGGGAUUUUUUAACAUUGAUUCUCAAACAGGUUUGAUAAUGACCACUUCUCGAAAAUUGGACCGGGAAAAGCAAGAAGAGCAUAUACUUGAGGUCACCAUUUCUGACGAUGGCAUUCCGAGCAUGUAUACAGUCAUUCGUGUGGUAAUGAAGGUACAGGAUGAAAAUGACAACUCUCCUCAGUUCCUCGAGAAGGUCUAUAAAAUCAAGCUAGUGGAGCGGCCAAAGGCGAUCAGAUGGAAGCCGGUUUAUCGCGUCAUUGCCCACGAUAGAGAUGAGAGUCCUCACUCUGAAAUCUCAUACAGCAUAGAGGAGGGGGACGAGCACAGGAAAUUCUUCAUUGAGCCCAAAACUGGGCUGAUCUCAUCCAAAGAGGCUUUCUCAGCAGGAGACUAUCACAUUCUCACGAUUAAGGCCCUGGACAAUGGCUGGCCUCAGAAGUGGUCCAUCUGCCGGUUGCACAUUGAGUGGAUUGCAAAGCCUGAGCCGCCUAAACAGGCACUGGUGUUUGAGGAGACCUCACUCCAAUUCUCUGCCAUGGAGAGUGAUCCAGUGGGCCAUAUGGUGGGAGUCAUCAGCACUCAGCCUCUAGACUCUCCUGUCUGGUUCGAUAUCAAAGAAGACACACACGCUAAAGAAGUGUUUCACAUCGUUCAGAUGGCUUGUGACCUGAGCUGCAGAACAGAAGGUGGAAACGUUGACAGCCGCUACAAUGUGGAGAAGGGCAGUGGCACUAUCAUCAUUGCCAAAGCGCUGGACGCAGAGCAGCAGUUAAAUUAUAACCUAACGGUGGAAGCAACAGAUGGAACCAGAUCCAUCAGCACCCAGGUCUUAAUCCAAGUUAUUGACACCAAUGAGCAUCGACCCAAGUUUGGCCAAGCCAAGUAUGAAAUCAGUAUUCCAGAGGAGACCCAGCCAGGGAUGAAGAUACUGGAGAUCAGUGCUACAGAUAAAGAUGAGAAGAAUAAACUAUUCUACACACUAUUGAGCAGCACAGACCCACAUAGCCUGAAGAAGUUUCGUCUGGACCCCGGAACGGGUUUUCUGUACACUACUGAGGAACUGGAUCAUGAGACCAUGCAUAGACACAUCCUCACUGUAAUGGUCCGAGAUCAGGACGUCCCAGUCAAGCGUAACUUGGUGCGAGUGAUCAUCAAUGUUGAGGAUGGCAAUGACAAUGCACCUUGGUUUACCAGCUCUUGGUACACUGGACGCGUGUUUGAGACAGCUGCAGUUGGCUCAGCUGUAUUACAGGUCACUGCUCUGGACAAAGACAAAGGUCAAAAUGCAGAGAUCCUCUACAGCAUAGAGUCUGGAAAUCAUGGAAAUUCCUUCAGUAUAGAUCCCUUCUUGGGCAUAAUAAAGGUUGCAGCAGAGCUCAGCAGUGACCAGAAAAGUCAGUAUGAGCUGGAGGUGAAAGCAUCAGAUAAAGGAGAACCUCCUUUAAGCGCUUUUACAACUAUCUCUAUAACAGUCACCAUUUCUGAUAAUGCCGAGCCGAAGUUUCAUCGCAGCCCGAUCACAGCUGAGAUCAGUGAGGCGGCUCCAGUUGGGAGUUUCGUGACCAUGGUUGCAGCCUCGAGUCAGUCAUCUGUCUUUUAUCAAAUCAAAGAAGGAAAUGUGAAUGGCACCUUUGACAUCAAUCCAAACUCCGGUGCCAUUGUCACCCAAAGGAAGUUGGACUAUGAGACUCUAUCUUCAUAUAAAUUGACUGUGCAAGAUGCUGAUGAGGAUGCGAAUGCCAGGCUUGUCUAUCAGAUUGUGGAGCCAUUUGCUCACAACUACUUUACCAUUGAUUCUGGCACAGGAGCAAUUCAGACAAUCAGUGGUCUUGAUUAUGAGCAGCAGAGUAUGUUCCACUUCACAGUGCAGGCCCAUGAUACUGGCUUACCACGCUUAUUUACGCGGCACAUUGCCAAUGUGACAGUCCACGUCACUGAUGUCAACGACUGUGAGCCAAAAUUCAGCCAGGACUCCUUUGAAACAACCCUGCUGUUGCCAACCUACAAGGGAGUGAAAGUGAUUUUGCUAAAUGCCACAGAUGAUGACUCCCCACCCAAUGCCAAACUGCUGUUCUCCAUUUUAGAUGGCAACAUUCACAACAAGUUCAGGAUUGACCACAUUUCGGGCGAGAUCUUUGUUCAGAAUGCCACAGAACUGCACAGCAGAUACAUUUUGACUGUCAGGGUUUCUGAUGGAAGGUUUAUGAGCACAGCAACUGUAAAAAUAAAGGUUCGAGACAACAAAAACCAUGGAUUGAAAUUCACUCAGGAAAUAUUCACUGCCUCCAUACAGGAGAACUCAUCAGAAAGGGAAACUCUGGCUAUUAUUGCUACAGUCGGAAAUAAAAUGAACGAACCUUUAUUUUACUCCAUUCUCAAUCCAGACGAUAGAUUUGAUAUAGGUUGUACAUCUGGUGUUCUCUUUACUACUGGAGUACCAUUUGAUCGUGAGGAGCAGGAUACAUUUGAUGUGAUUGUGAAGGUUACAAACGAGCAUGAAGAUGCUGUAACUGCCCAUGUCCUUGUAAAAGUCAUUGUCAAAGAUGUGAAUGACAACGCACCCUUGUUUGUAGACCUACCCUACAAUUCUGUUGCUCAGAUGGAUGCUGAAGUGGGAACAGUCUUGAGGCAGGUCACUGCAGUGGACAUUGAUGUUGACAGAAAUUCAGUGAUUAAAUACCAUUUGAAGGGGCAUGAUGAAUAUUUUCAGAUAAAUCCCUCUGGUGAAAUCUCUCUGAAGAGGCCAUUUGAGCAGGAAAGUCUCAACACAAAAUAUGUGCUAAAUAUUAUUGCUGAAGAUGGAGGUGAUCAGGCCCUCUCCUCAACAGCACAAGUGAUGAUUACUGUGGUCAACAAACCCACUCCUGUGUUUGAACGACCUUUUUAUAAGAUUGAAGUUCCAGAGGAUGUGCAGUUACAUGCUUCUGUAUUGCAGGUUCUGGCUAAUGAGUCUGUUGGACCUCGCACUGUCUACAGGAUCUAUGAGGGAGACCCAUUUGGUCACUUUUCUAUUGAUUUCAACACUGGAGUCAUACAAGUUAUCCAGCCACUGGACUAUGAGACUCACCCUGCCCACAGGUUAAGCAUACAAGCAAUGGACUCUCUAACUGGGGUCUACUCUGAAGUUUUUGUUGAUAUCAUUUUAGAGGACGUCAAUGACAAUGCACCUAUAUUUCAUAUGAAGUAUUAUAACGUCAGUGUUCCUGAGUCUGCUAUGAUUGGUACAUCUGUAUUACAAGUGUCAGCUAGAGACUUGGAUAGUGGCAGCAACAAAGAAAUAUCCUAUCAACUGUAUGCAAAAAAUGGGACCAUUUCAGAUCACUUCAGAAUAGACGGUCAAAGUGGAGUCAUCUGGACUACUGCUCUUUUGGACUAUGAAACAGAACCAAUGCAUGAGUUAACUGUGAGGGCUUUGGAUGGAGGAGCUUUCCAGCUGUACAGUGAGGUCAUGGUGGUAGUACUUGUUGCUGAUGUAAACGAUAACCCACCUGUAUUUGCACAGCAACUUUACAACACCACUAUUAGUGAGCAUUCUCCUCCAGGUCAUUUUGUUGCCUGUGUUCAAGCAUCUGAUGCUGAUAGCACUGAUACUGGAAAGCUAGAGUUCUCUUUUUUGUCAGGAAAUGAGGACAACAUUUUUGGCAUUGAUAAGAGCAGUGGGGAAAUUGUCAUCUCAAGCUAUCAAAAGCCAAUUGUGGCACAAUAUAACUUAAUUGUGUUCACCACUGAUGGCGUUUUCACAGCUUUUUCUGAAGUAAAAGUCAAGGUGAUCAGCGCAAAUCUGCACAGCCCAUCAUUUACACAGGAUGAAUACGUUGUUGAACUUCUAGAGAACUCUGCUGUAGGCACACUCGUGACUCAGGUGGAGGUACAUGACAGAGAUUCUGGGAUAUAUGGUGAAGUUACACUGUUCAUUGUAAACGAUGUAGCCAGAGACAAAUUCACUUUGAAUGCUGAGGGUCAGAUUCAUACCACUGAAAGUUUUGAUCGAGAGAACCCAACAGAAAAAGUGAUCCAUAUAAACAUACUGGCUAAGGAUGGUGGUGGAAAAGUGGGUUUUUGCACAGUCACUGUGAUUCUCUCAGAUGUCAAUGACAAUGCACCUCAGUUCAGGCUUUCUGAAUACAAAGCUGCAGUUCAGAGGGAUGUUCCAAGAGGAACUACUGUGAUCAAAAUAUCAGCUGUAGAUGAAGAUGAGGGGAGUAAUGCUGACAUAAUUUAUGCGAUCGACUCAGAUAUUGGACACUUUAAAAUCCAUCCCCUUAGUGGGGCAGUUGUCACAAAGGGAAAUCUAAUGGAACUAGAAAAUGGACUGUGCUCUUUCUAUGUGAAGGCUAAAGAUUCUGGAAGCCCUCCAAGACAGUCUGUUAUCCCUGUUUCAAUUAAAGUGCUUCCUUCUGAUUUGCCCAUGCUGAAGUUUGCUGAAGAAUUACUUCGGCUGGAACUUGCGGAGGACCUCCCUGUCGGGACUGAGAUAAAUGUCAUCCAGUCUGAAAGAACACAGCCUGUGAUCUAUAACCUUGUAAGAGGAAACACUCCUGAGAGCAACAAAGAUGAUGUCUUUGUCAUCAACAGCAACACUGGAAAGCUGAAACUGGCCAAACGACUGGACUAUGAAGCUAUCAAAUGGUUUCAGCUAACCAUCCAGGUCCAGGGCACUGAAGGGAGCAUGGAAGUAAUGUCAGUCAUAGAUGUGAACAUACAUUUGAAGGAUGUAAAUGAUAAUAGCCCACAGUUUGACUCCUUCCCCUACCAGUCCUUUCUUGUUGAGAACUUAUCAGGAGGGACCUCAGUGGUCCAAGUGACAGCUACUGAUCUGGACUCUGGGGUGAAUGGUCUCGUCACUUACAGCCUAGAUGAGAAUCAAGAGAACCCUGAGGUUCUGGAGUUGUUUGCUGUGGACAGUGAGACAGGCUGGGUCACGACUGUCACAGAGAUAGACAGAGAAAAGAGAAACAUGUACAGAAUAGCAAUCAUUGCAAAAGACAGAGCACCAGAGAUACACAUGACUGGCACCACCGUGGUGGAGGUAACAGUGGUGGAUUUAAAUGACAACCCUCCAGUCUUCACUCAGGCAGUGUAUAAAGCCAGAGUGAGGGAGGAUGAAUCUACACCAGGCACCAUCAUAACUGUUUUAAGCACUACUGACUCUGACAGUGAGGAGGUCAACAGGAGGUUCAGCUGCUUCAUCACAGGUGGAGACCCUCGGGGCCAGUUUAAUCUGGAAUAUGAAGAUGGUGCUUGCAUAGUCAUGACUGCCAAGACACUGGACAGAGAGGACAGAGGGCACUACCUCUUAAACAUUACAGCCACAGAUGGAACCUAUAUGGCCAGGACUGCUGUAGAGCUCACAGUUCUUGAUGCAAAUGACAACAGCCCUGUGUGUGAGAAGGGUCUGUACACUGGAACAGUUCCAGAAAAUUCCCCGGCAGGAAAAUUCAUCCUACUCGUUUCAGCCUCUGAUCCAGAUAUCCAGUCAAAUGCUGAAAUUACAUACCGACUUGCAGGAGAUGGGGCUGAAUCAUUCAGAAUGGACUCUGCCACAGGCACUCUAAAGACACUGCUGCCUCUUGACCGAGAGGAGAAAGACGUAUAUAACCUUACAGUGCAAGCAGUGGAUGGGGGCAAUCGCUUCUGUCAGGUUGACGUUGUCAUCACUGUAGAAGAUGUUAAUGACAAUGCUCCUGUGUUCACCUCUGACCUGUACUACAUUAGUGUAUUUGAUAACACACAACCUGGGGCAUAUUUGGCACGUCUACAGGCAUCCGAUGCUGAUACUGGCUUGAACAGUAAGAUCAGUUAUUUGCUUGAGGACUCUGCUGGAGGUCUGUUUUCUAUUGAGGAGCAGUCUGGAAUCAUCAGCUUGGUGAAGCCUUUGAGCAGGCAGGUGAUGGCUGGGUAUAGGCUGAAAGUGCGUGCUGCAGAUCAUGGCUCCCUACGGACGCUCUCCACUCUUAGCUCUGUGGAGGUGACAGUACUGGACGCUAAUCACCACCCUCCGGUGUUUGAGCACAGGGACUAUGUUUCCAUUGUUCCUGAAGAUGUUGCCGUGGGGACCCUGCUUCUGAGUGUCUUUGCUGCUAGCAGCAAUGCACAGGCUAAUGCCCAGACCAGCUACUCCAUCACCAGUGGCAACAAGCAGGGAGCCUUCAGCAUCGAUUCCCAAACAGGCAACAUCUUUGUGAUUGCUCCGCUGGAUUAUGAGGCAGCACGAGAGCACUACCUGACAGUGAAGGCCACUGCUGGAGGCCAGGAGACUCUGAGCGACACAGCCACUGUUACCGUCCACCUCACAGACGUCAAUGACAACAGUCCUGUAUUCAGCCAGGAGCUCUACUCAGCUGUAGUCAGUGAAGACUCACUACCUGGCUGGUCUGUGCUAACUGUAAUGGCGAAUGACUUUGAUGGGCCUUCAAACAACCUCAUCCAUUAUUCCAUUGUGGAUGGAAACCAAGACAGUCCAUUCAUCAUAGACGCAGUCAGUGGUGUACUGAAAGUGGCGCGUCAAUUAGACAGAGAAAAGGUUGGUGGGUACAAACUCACUGUUCUGGCCUCCGACAGCGGAAAUCCCCCCAAAUCCAGCAGUGCAGCAAUCAACAUGACAGUGGCUGAUGUGAACGAUAAUCCCCCUGUCUUCUCGCAGGCUAACUACAGCCUCAUCAUCCAGGAGAGCCUGCCUGCAGGGGCCUCUGUCCUCCAGCUGAGUGUGAGCGACAGAGAUGCCCCACAAAAUGGCCCCCCUUUCUCCUACAACAUCUUGAAGGGCAACGAGGGAAAAUCCUUCAGCAUAGACCAGCAGGGAGUCAUUAGGACCACAACAUCUCUGAGGAGUUCAGAAAAGGAUCAGUAUGUUCUCCACAUCCAGGUCUCCGACAGUGGGAAACCUCCUCUCCAGUCAUCUGCCCUUCUCAACAUUUGUGUGGCACAGACCAGUCUGUAUCCUCCAUCUGUUCUUCCUCAGGAUGUGUUCAUUCUGGUCCAAGGAGAGGAGUACCCUGCAGGAGGCAUUCUGGGAAGAGUCAACGCCACUGAUCUUGACAAGCAUGAUACGCUCACAUACACCCUGCAGCCUCCAGGCCAUGACCUGAUCUCUGUAUCUGGCUCUGAUGGCCGGCUGCUGGCCCGGCGGGGGCUGGAUGUGGGCCGCUACCCACUCAAUGUGUCGGUCAGCGAUGGCCGCUUCUCUUCCUUAGCCAGCAUCACGGUGCAUGUGCGGCAGGUCACUCAGCAGAUGCUAGAUGGUUCCGUGUCUGUGCGUUUUGCUGCCAUCACUGCUGAGGACUUCAUCCAGGAGCACUGGAGGAACUUCCAGAGAGCAAUCCGAAGCAUCCACAGCAGGGCUGGACUUUACACUAAACAGAGAAGCGACAUGCAGAUCCUCAGCCUGCAACCCGUUGAGCCUGAGGGUGAUCUGGAUGUGCUGAUGUUCUUGGAGAAGUCUGGAGGUGCUGGCUCUUCCCUGGAGCCCCUCCUGCAGAACCUCAACACCUCCAGCGUAGCUCUACAGGAGCUGAGUGGCCUGAGAGUGGUGAGGGUUGUGACCCGCUACUGCUCUAACGCUGAAUGUCCAGACCACAUGUGCAGGAAGGUGGUGACCCUGGAUUCCAGCAGCAUGGCAGUGUACAGCACGGCCAGAGUGAGCUACAUCACUCCUCAUCACCACAUCACUCCCAGCUGUCUCUGCAAAGAUGGAAAAUGUGCAGAUCAGAUUCAAGGCUGUGCUAGUAACCAGUGUCCAGAGGGUUAUCGUUGUGUGGCUCUUCAAGGAGAGAACAAAUAUCGCUGUGUUUGUCCAUGGGGCAAAAAAGCAAAAUGCUCAGGAGGAGCAAUAAUGACAUUCAGUGAGAACAGCUAUAUCAAGUAUCAUCUGAGGAAGAGCACUAGAGCAGAAAUGAAGUUUUCUUUGAGGUUAAAAACUUUUUCUAGCCAUGGAACAGUGAUGUUUGUGAAAGGAAGAGGUUACAGCCUUCUGGAGGUGGUAGGAGGCAGGCUGCAGUGUCAGUUUGACUGUGGGAGCGGGCCUGUCACCAUGUCUGUCCACAGUGUUGAGGUGAAUGAUGGUCUGUGGCACUCAGUGGAACUGGAGGUAAAGGGUAACCGUGCCAGGCUGGUCCUGGACCACCUCCAUUCUGCAUCAGGUAUUUCGUCUGGUGCAUUGCCCUGCCUUGGCCUGGACAAGCAGGUGAUCCUGGGCGGACAUGCAGGCCUGUUGGGCUCCAGGCCGAGGCGCAGUCUGCCCCUCUCUGGCAGCCUGCAGGGUUGUGUGGACACAGUGCUGUUUAAUGGACAGAGUUUGUUCCUGCAGUCAGAAAGCCUCUCAGGGGUUGUGGUUGAGGACACAGUAGGAGUGACUCCAGGCUGUGGCAUGAGUUUAACACCAGACCAGGACUGCACAAGCAACCCCUGCCUCAAUGGAGGAAGCUGCUCUCAGAGGCUCAAUGGAGGCUAUUAUUGCAGAUGUAAUAGUUUAUUUGUGGGAGAUCACUGUGAGCUAAGUAUCAGCCCCUGUGUUUCCAACCCCUGCCUGUAUGGAGGAACAUGUAUACAGAAUAAUGAGGACUACUACUGCCGCUGCCGAGGACAGUACACUGGUCAGAGAUGUGAGGUAGGUCCAUACUGCAAGGAAAACCCCUGCAGAAAUGGUGGACAUUGUAUUGACAGCUUGGAUGGGCCUGUCUGUGAAUGUGAACCCGGGUUCAAAGGAGAAAGGUGCCAGACUGAUGUAGAUGAAUGCCUACGUCUGCCUUGCUUAAACGGCGGCUGGUGUGUGAACACCUACGGCUCCUUCAACUGCAGUUGCAGUCCGGGCUUCAGUGGGAGGCUGUGUGAGAUGGAGAAUGAGGUCCACAAUGUGUUUAUCUCCACUUCUUGGAACAUGGGCUGGGCCGAGCUGGUGGGGAUUCUCAUUUUUUUGGCGGCCAUCUUUGUUUUGGCCUUGCUGUUUGUCCUCAUCCGUACAGGAUUGUGUGAUCCUAGUAAAGAUGAGCAAGAGAAAGAAAAGUACAGAGCUGUAGAUGCUUAUAUCCAGAGGACAUAUCUGGACUGCCGGCCCCGCAGGGACACUUUUCCAGAUACUCCACCACAGGUCCCUGUGAAACCCCUCUCUUAUAAUCCCAGCAUCCGUACAGACUCCCAUAAGGACAUAGAUGGGAGCUCCUUUACUCCAGAUGUGACAUUUGGACUAAAAAAGUCUGUGGCUGUAUGCAGUGUAGCACCCAACCUGCCCCAGCGCAGAGCCUCACGGCCCCCUACAAACAGUGACUCCACACAAAAGCCAGACUGGGAUGAAGAAGGUGAAAAUACAAGGGACACAAACUCUUCCUUGUCAAAAGACGAAGACAUGGCCAAUGACAGAGGAAGUAACCAAGGCCUUGCUUAUUCUUUCCAAUAUAUGGAUGAUAACAACUACCACUGGGACACCUCAGACUGGAUGCAUAGUGUUCAGGUUCCUGGAUUUCAGAGCCUUCUUCAGUAUGAAUUUGUGCAAAUGCCCUCCAUGUACCCUGACAUUAAUGACAUGUACCCUAGAACUCAUGUUCCUGAUUUGGAUUACCUUGCUGAAGGUGAUGAUGUUGAGGCCAACAUUCUACCACCUCCAGGACAUUUUCCUCAUGAUGAGCCUCUUUCCAGUCUACACUGCAGGGACUAAUCCGCCUGGCCAUAGGCCCACACAGCCAUCGCUCGGACAUCAGGGCCAUGCUUGACCACAUGCAGUCUGCAGCAGCACAGCCUGGGUCAUUGGCAGCCUAAUCAGACAGUCCAAGUAGUGCCUCAGGAUUCAGUUGAAGGACCAUUUGAACUUAUGCCAGGCAGUAUUUACUCUGGAAGUGCCAGGCAAGAGGGCCAGGGCACCUUUCCCAGUUUGUUGCAUACCUCCGCUCACCUGUCAAAUAAUGGUGAGGAUCUGGAUCCAAUGAUGUGUGACUUAAAGAGUUUGGACAAAAGUGUUUCAAGUGGCAUCUCAACACCAAUGAUGAAGAAAAACGUUGCACACUGAAGGCUGUAAUGUGUUUAGCGUGUAUGGUUUUGUGUGUGCUCAAAUGUGUUUGUAGUCUCUCUCUAUUUUUUACUUACGUUUAGAGAAAUAAUAAGUUAUUGGAUUGUAUCACUCAAACUGGUCAGUGCAGGCUAUGGAUAACAUGCUGUUGUCUUUGUGUUUAGAUGGAAAAUUACAUCCACUAUGUGCCAUUUUCGUGACUACUUUUUGCGAGAAGUAAAGCAUACACAAAAAAAUGAAUGUAAACUUAUUAUAAGGUUGUAAAUGUUUGCUGAAGUCCUGUGAAAAGUGUUUCAUUUGUGCAGAUUAAAUUAAGAUUAUCCAUUUGCUAUUAUUUAGUUAUUACUUAUCACUUUCUUAUAUA